ACAAAAAUAUUUUCUUUUUAGAAACAUACCAAAAUUAGAAACACCACGAACAAAAAAACAAAAUUUAAUACAUGGUGCAAGUGUACCUGAUCUUCGUUCUGAUGGUGAAUCAUUAAGUAAUGAUCGUACACCACCAUCUGUUUCAUCAUCAACACGUUCAUCAAAUCAUAGUUCAAAUAUGUGGACUGGUAGUUUACCAAAUUUAACUAUACAAUUAACAACUCAACAGCAUAUCAAUGAAACAUCAAAAAAGAAAAACGAUCCAUACGCAACAUAUGCUGAUAAUCUUAAUCAUAUUGAUGAAAAUGAAACAAUCUCUCCUAUUCCAUCGAAGAAAAUAUCUUCACGACGUUCAUUACCAGUUCCAUAUCAAUCUCAAUCACCUAUGUUUGAAAAGGUAAAAAAAAGACUAACGUUUGACUCAUCACUCUUUCUUGCCUGUCAGCAAGCUUUCUUCUUCUUCUAAAUAGUAUAAAUCUCUAGGCUUCUUAAUCAUAAUCCCUUUUUGCAAUAGUUAUCUCAUCAUUCUUUGCUCAUGUCUGCUACCAGUAUCGGUUUAUCAUGUUCUCUUGCUACAAUUGAUAAAAAAUCUUCUAUAUCACCAUCGAUGAUAAAUGCCUCUAAAACCUCUGCAUCGAUUAAUCUUGCGCCAUGUUUUUCAUGUGAAUGUCUUCAUCGAUGUGAUACAGUAAGUUUAUACAUGUUGCAUGUUAAAUAUAUGCAAUUCAAAAAAAAAGCAUGAUGAAUGCAAACGUUUGAUUCUUUAUAACGCGU